AUGCAAGACCAUCCAAUGACAGACAAGAGCGAGCUCGAAUCGCUCUAUGCGGACGACAAACAGACUCGCUAUCCCGAUUUCCUUGCAAAAUUAGACGAGCAGCUCGCCGCAUCCUCGUUGCCUGAGCGACCGCAGCCCACAGCAUACGGCCUCCCUCCUCCUAGUCCUUUCACGUUCGACGAGCUUCUUCGUCGACCGCGGUCUCAAGAGGGACGCUACUCCGCAUUGAGUAAUCCCACAGAGUAUGGCAGACCAGCCGAGCUCAGCAGGACCUUACCUGAGCAUGACUGGAACAAGCACGCAAGAAAGCGCAAGAGGAUGCUCGCUCGCUUUGGACAAGGCGUGUUUGCUCUUCUCGCUGCAGUCUUCAGCAUCACAGGCGCGGUCGCGACACAUCCCGCCACGCCAAGUCCACUCAGAACAGCAGUGACGACCAUUGCUCUCGACUUUCUAGCCAUCUCGUGCGCACUCUGGACAGUUUGGCAUUUCGUCUUGAGGAGUAUCUUCAAAUCCGAUCAGGGCGAAUCCGGCGGUUGCUGUGGCAAACGAGCAAAGCCAGACCGUCGCUCGAUGCAUCACGCACGGCCACCAACCUACUACUCGCAUCUCGGCGGAUCAUCCUACGCCAUGCCCCCCAGCGAUCCCCGCAUAGACGUCGACAUCAAAGCUAGAGCAGCCCGGAGACGGAUCAAACGCACCAUGGUCAACGAUGUGCUCUUCACCAUGGUGUGGAUCGCGUUACUAGUUGGCAUGUUUGCAACGGGCAAGACAUGUACUCCCGGCGCCUUUGCUGGCUUUUGCACGUAUUAUAAUCUCGCACUGACCUGUUCAGUCUUUGUGUCAGCUAGCUUCAUCACGAGCAUCACCCUCGCGGCAUUGGAUUUGAGCCGCAGCAGUGUCUAA